GCAUGCUUAGCUAGCUCUCAUUGCACAGCACAGCCAAUAGUGCAGCACUUCAGACCUUUCUGUCACUCAUGCCGUAAUCUUGUGACAGCGAGACAGAAGAGUCGGUCAGUAUGCUUUCUAUAAUUAAACAUCAACCCAUAACCCCUCAGCUCCGGAUUGCACUUUCGCUGGGAUCGUUACGUAUAUGAAAUUUUUCAUCUGCGCAAACAGCUCAGCAGGGUGAAAGGACGUGAGGUGUUCAAGAUGGCGACUGUUUGAAGUUCGCAGUCUCUGUACGUUAAUGCAUACACACCCCAUGCUGACACCACAGGGCAUCGGUUUAUGCUGUGACAAAGGCAUCAGACCUGCCCACUGUCCUGCACAGCUAUGGCCAAAGACCAGCCAAAUGUGUUUGACCUCGUCCCUCUUCUGGGGUCCACUGACCUACACGAGCUGGAGCAGGUCAAAAACCUGCUGCAGGAAACACUCAGUGCAGAUAAAGGGACCAUGUUGCUGAAUAGCCUUGUGGAAUAUUUCCUGGAGACAAGCUCAUCUCAAGCUGUGGACAUCCUGUCUUCUGUCAGGGAGCCCCAUGAUAAGUAUCUUUUAGAUAAGAUGAAUGAAUGCAUGGGCAAGCAGAGCUGCCGUCUCUCCACCAUCACCCUCCUUGGCCAUAUUGUUCGCAAGCAGCCACCAUGGAUCCACAAGAUCGCUCGCUUCCCUCUGCUCGCCUCGCUGCUCAAAUGCCUCAAGACUGACUCCGAUGUCGUAGUUCUCAUAACUGGUGUGCUGGUGUUGAUCGCUCUACUACCCAUGAUUCCUCAGACCAGUAAACAACUUCUGUGCGAUUACUUUGAUAUCUUUGGAAGGCUUGCUGCCUGGAACCAACGUCACCCAGGUCAUGCUCAGGGAGUGUUUGCAGUCCAUCUACAUGCCAGCGUGUACUCGCUUUUUCAUCGUUUAUAUGGCAUGUAUCCCUGUAAUUUCGUUUCUUACUUGCGUGCCCACUACAGUAUGAAGGAAAAUGUUGACACAUUUGAGGAAGUGGUGAAGCCCAUGUUAGAGUAUGUACGGAUACAUCCUGAGCUCAUCACUGGAACCAAAGACUACGAGGUUGAUCCAAUUAGAUGGAAGAGAUUUGAGCCUCAUGAUAUUGUGAUUGAAUGUGCCAAAAUUUCACUGGAUUCUAAGGAGGCAUCAUCUGAAGAAGGAUACUCCUCUCUGUCGGAUCACAUACCACGACGCCCUGUGGAACAUAGCCGAUCAUGCUCAGAGCUCAGCAUCCAUGAAAUCACAUCGGUCACACCAAUGGCUGCUGUUCAUCAGUCUCUUUUUCUGUCACUACCAUAUCUCACUGUAACCCAAGACUCAGGUUCCAGCGCACAGACCCCCAACCAUCAGAGUGAUGGGAUGCACUCCUCAGGGACAAAGGAGGAGAUGUGGAGUCCUUCCUCAGUGUGUGGGAUGACCACCCCUCCCAGCUCUAGAGGAAUGUCCCCCACCACAGUUUCUGAUGUCUCACAUAGUGCCUCCCACCUCUCAGGACGGAUCCCCAGCAUGUCAGGGGAUGGAAAAUGGACCCUUUCUCCCUCCACACCCUCAGGGUCAUCUCCUCUCCCAUCACUCUCAGAGGAAAUAGGGCAGCCUGCCCAAAACACCAGCAGUACUCAGGCUAAGGUGAUUCAGACAGGCAAAGACCUGAAGAAAGUCACGCCUAGAAGUAUUAAUAACAAUGGAGGUGCAAGUGAUGCCAAGACUCCGGUGUCAUUGCAACAGCUCUCUGACAUUGUCAAAAGGACAGACGGGGAGAUAGAGGAUGAUACCAUCAAUGAGGAGAUUUUGAGUCUGACCCAUGGGAGACUGGAAUUCAGAAUGAGGCCAGGCCUGGAUUCCUCAUUUUCUGGCUCCUUCGACACCCUCCUCUCGUCUCACCCCAGCCAUGAGCAGAAUUUAGUGUCCACACCAGACAGGGUUGAAUUUUCUGCCAAAGGAGGAGAGAAGCAACCCUGGUCCCUCUGGCCCGCUUUCACCCCCAUUGAAAACGGGAAGUGUAGUAAAUGUUCUGUGUCUGAUCUGACGAAGGAGUCCAUGUCAUAUGAGCCACUGUUUGACCUCGCUCUGCCUAAAGUGGCAUCUCUGUUUUUGGAAAGGAAGACAGCAGAGGCCAUCCAGAGAGCUGAUGAAGAAAGGGAGCACCGAGAGGAGCUAGAGGGAGAGGAUCUUUCUGCCACCUCCCCUCUGGAGGUAUUGGACCGGGUUAUCCAGCAGGGUCAUGACACCCAUGAGAAAGUGCUGAAGAGAACUCCGUCUUCUCAAAGCCAAUCAGCAGACCCACACUCUGGAGGUAAACAGCAUAGCAAUAAAGGAAAAGGUCCUGUGUCUACAGCGUCAGAUGAGCUGGGGAUGUUGCACAGUCAGCUGCUGUUGCUGCAUAACCAGCUGCUGUAUGAGAGACAUAAGAGAGAGCAACAUGCACUUCGUAACCGCCGUCUGUUCGGACGUAUUGUCAAUGCUACUGCACUGGAAGAGCAAAACAACUCCAUGAAAACCCAACUCAAGCUUCAGGACAUUGAGAUCCAGGCUGUGCAGGUAAGCCUGAAAGAGGAACAGCGGCGCUCCAGGCAUAUACAGGAAGACAGAGAUGCUCUUGUGAACCAACUGCAGACUCAAAUCCAGCAGCUACAGAAGGAGCGGAAUGACUACUACUCAAAGAUGCAGGAGCUAAAGAGUGAUUUGCAAGAGAAUCAGAAGAAGGUCAGAGAAAUGGAAGCAGAGCUCCAGAAAGCCAAUAACAAAGUGUGUAAUAUGGGACACAUGCUCAGCCAGCUGUCCAUCAAGCUGAACAAUAGUGAAAACAUGGAGCAGCAGAUGGCUUUCCUGAACAAGCAGCUGCUGCUUUUGGGUGAAGCCAACAAGUUAUGUGUGGAAGAAAUCGACCGCUUGGGACCUGAGGCUAGCAAGGAGCUGAAUAUGCUGCAGGCAUCUUCACUGCGUGAGGCUGAGCGUUUGAGGCAGAGCUCUCUUCAGCAGAGUCAGAGACUUGAAGCCGCUCAACAGCGCAUCACAGACCUGGAGACCCAACACACCAAGAAAGAGCAAGCCAUCCGAGAGCAAAAGAAACUUCUGGAGAAUGUCAAAAGCCAGGCCACGGAGCAUCUGCAGGCUUCAGAGAACAGGUAUCUGGCCCAGAAGCACAUCACUCAGGCAUUACAAUCUGAGCUGCUUGAGCUAUAUAGCCAAAUAGAGCUCAAAAACCUGAACACUAAAUCACCAGCAGAGCCCACUUCUGAACCCAACAGUCCAACCAAGCAGAGGCCAAAUGGCAACCGUACAGGCCCAUCUGCUCCGUCAGCUGACCCAAUGAAAAAGGAGGAAGGCAUGCACGUGUGUGUCAAUGGUGAAAUAUCUGCCGGGUCUCCUCAAACACCCACAGCACUCAUUAAUGGCAGUCAGGAAGAAGAUCUUUCCGCCCUUACCCAUUCAUUUCCCGCUCUCCCCUGUGACUCCCCACUGGCAGUUGGCUCUUACCCCAGUACCGGAAGCUUUUUGGGCAAGAGAGCCAGAGAGAUGUUUCGAAAUAAGAGCGAGAGCCACUAUGAGGGUGAGCCGGCCGCCUUCACCUGCCUCUCUAAGGAUCUUAAGGUUGAGCCAAUCACAGAGCCCACAGAGAGCGUGGAGCUUGAAGAGGCUACUGACCAGGCUGACCUGCAGCCCAUGGACAGACCCCGAGCGUAUAAUAUUCAGCGGAGGAGGCAGCAAGAUCUGAGGAUCAUGGACUACAAUGAGACCCACCAUGAGCAUUGAUUGUACACUGCUGAUAAUUUUGGACCCAGUAUUAGAAUGCACUGCUCUUUUUGUUAGAGUGGUUUGCAAAGUUUUAGUUAAUUUUAAAAGCUCUUAUACUACAAAACAGCCAAAAAAAUUAAAAAGUUUUUGGUUGGCAGUUGCCAUGUAGUCACCACAGUGGCAAGAGAAUAUCUUGUCUUCAAAAAAGCUUCACUUAUAUUUUGUCUAUUACGAAUUCAUUUUUUUUUUUUAUAAUCUGCAUUUAGUGAGCGACCGUGGUGAUUAUAUUGCGUGGUGGUUGGAUGUUAUUCGGGCCUCAUUGUACUUUUCAGCAAAUCUAUUGACUUAAUCACUGUAUUUGCUCUUGUAAUAGUACCAUUCGGUUUCCAAUCCUCCUUAAUUUGUCCACGCAAAAUGGCUACUUGAGUCGCUUCGAGAUGAGCAUUGUUAAUUUCCGCUGAUGUGACUUAGAAAUUGCACAAUACCGAGUGUGAUCAUUGCAAACGCAGCACUGUAAAUAGAUCAUGCCUAUGAAAAACCAACCAAUCAGUCCGAUAAAAAUGUGAAAAACAAAAAAAAGCUAUGUGGAAUAGGUGAAGUAGAAUAAGAAAUCACAUUUCAUUGCUGAGGCGAGCCAUGCGUAUAUGCCGUAGCAGUGCUUUCUUUGUGCACUUCUCCUAUAGAGAAUAAGCAAGUCUCGUGUUGUUUCUAGUAAUAGAUUUUAUUUUUAUGCAUUAACGUUCUCCACUGGGAUUGUAGCGCCCAGUCACCAGUGCAAUACUUCUUAGCUAACACUUCAUGCCAGCUUGAAGGUAUGAGUGAUGAUGGGAAAAAUAAACCGAUUUAGAUUGCUGCUUUGCAGGACCGUCAGAGCCUUGCAGAACACAGGCCAGGCUGCUGUAGGUGCAUUUGUCCAGUUGAGACCUAUUGUGAAUCGAGAAUAUCUUUGUGGUCUAAGAUGUGUCUGAAGGGUGAAUGCUCUUGUGUUAAUAGCGCACCAAAUACGGCCACUGCAAUACUUCGACACACUAAACUCUGAAAGGAAGCUGCUCGCUAUAAGCCAGAAGGCUUAUGUCCCUCUAUUAUGUUCUUUCAUUUCUGUCUUACACGGGUCAGACCCCAUCUGCAAAGAAAAGGCUUCAUGUAAUGGGCUCCAGCUGGCUGAAGUAAAAGCACUUCUUUUUUUUAAUUCAAGCCUUAUUAAGAUUGCUGAACCUUAGCAGAGCAAUAUACUUGUCUCUUUCUAAAAAAACUUGCCCCCGGGGUUUGUUUUCAGUGUGGGAUAUACUUGGAAUAUUUGAAGUGCUGUUGCAAAGAAAAUAAAAUGCUGGCUUCGGCCUGCCAGCUGGGGAAAUGGCUUCGAGAGUUUACAAUGAGAAUUGAAAUCUAUGGAAAUCAUUGCUGUUUUUUUUUCCCUGUCCAGACUGUUCUUAUCACAGUUCACCAUGAGUGUGAUCUUACAGCUUGUGCUUUGUUUAACUGUCACUCAAACUUUGCUUUCUGUUUUUAUACCAAAACCCCUCUCAAACAUUUUGUUGUUUCACAAAAUGCCUUACUCAAAAAAAAAAAAAAAAAAAAAAAAAGUAGGAAGCCUGUCCAUCACCUGAAGUCAUUUGUUGAAAGUUAUCUGAACUAUGGUACAAUCAGACGGUGACGGGUGUAACAGGAAACGAGGGAUUCUAUUUUCAAUUUGAGAAAACAGAUUUGUGUUCUCCUACUUGCUAUGAUCAA